AUGCCUACAACACACCUAUGCACACCAUACGGGCCAACCGAUCACCCUCCCACGCCUGCGAGGUGGAAGAAGCGACCCCGUCUCGCCCUUCAGUCAACCUCGGCCGUCAACUCGCUCGCAGCGCCAGGCAGGGGUGCUGAGGACGUCAAGGGGAAGGGAAAGGCUGCUGAGGGCGCUGUAUUGGCCGCUAAGGGCGCUCGACCGUGGAAAGAAGCGGAUGCUCUCCUGCAGCAGUCUUUCAGUAUCUACAGGACCACCGGAUUGCACUCCCUACCGCUCGCCUCGUCGUCGACCUCGUCCUCCCAAUUCUCCUCGUUCGCACAAUCCCUCCAAGCCUACAUCUCGCAGCAACUAGCUCUCGAGGCAACGGGAAGCUCUCGCACUGGCCGAAGGAUCAAGCGCACCAAGCGAGUCGAGGCGGGCUAUGUCGACGUCCCGCUCCUCGGCAAGGACGGUGCAAGACCGGUCAUGGUCGAGAUCGAGCUGGGCGAAGGCAGCGACAACUGCCCAUCGACGAGCAAGAGCAGAAGCGCCAGGACUCAGCGCACGUCGACCUUCGUCUUCCUUCCGCACGCGACCAGCAACUCGUUCUCCCUCCUGCUCGUCAAGUCCGCUGUUCCUGCCGCCGUCCACCUCUUCUCGACCUUCCUCUCGACCCGCUUCGAUGCCCUCAUUCAUCCCUUCCGCAUUCCUCCGCCUCGUAUGCUCGACCUCCUCCAGGCGCUCGUCCUCCAUCGCGAUCGUUCGCUGGCAGAGACAGCCUCGACAGACGAGACCGCCCUCGCAACAAACAUGACCUUUGCCUUCCCUCCCAACAUUGCCAGAGAGGGCCUCUCCACCAUGACGCUCACCCUCCCACCCGCCAUCCUCCCAUCACUCACCGCCGACUCGUCCUCCUCCUUCGUCUCCGGCCUCACCGCUCAUAUGAUCCAGACAACCUCGAUCCCGCUUUCGUCUCUCUUCCUCGUACGACUCGGUGCGGGACGCGGGACUUUCAUCCAUUCGGGUCAGGUCCCUCCUGGCGGUCCGGCGCCGUUCCUCCGCCCCGCUUCGCCGUUCGACCCGCUUCCCUCCACCGACUCGCCCUCCAUUCUCCCCGCUAGUCCCUACUCGACAGACGCGGAGGGCAAGAUCCACUUUGAUAGCAGGAGGUGGAAGCUUCAGCGCGAGGGCCAGAAGCAGGUCUGCAUGCGGGACGUGUACGGUGCUUCAGCCGGCUUCGACUUUGCCCUCAAGAACAAGGCUCUCGUCAAGACUCCCGAAGGAGCUCACGUCUCAAUCUCUGAAUCAUUCAAGCUCGACUACGAUACGACUCGCGUCUUCUACAUAGAGGCGUGUCUCCCGUACGGCAUAAAGGGCUGGCUCGGUCAAAAUGGAGGCGGGUUUGGGUUUGACCUUGGUUCCAGGGAUAAUACAACGGUCAAGAUCACGGAAGACAGGAAGGUUCAGUCGUCGUCGGCCAAGUCUCCCUCUGCGGCUCAGGCGGAAAAAAAAGCUGAAGAUUCCGCCAACCUCAUCCUGUAG